AUGGGCGCCACCCCGUUCCAUCGGUCCAUCCUCGAGGUCCGGUUGCCGAAGCACUUCGACAAACCAACGGACAUGAGGUACGAUGGAACCCAAGACCCUUUGGAACACCUCACGGCCUUCGAGGCUAGAAUGAAUCUGGAGGGAGUAGGAGACGAGGUGAGGUGCCGGGCCUUCCCGGUCACCCUGGCAGAACCUGCGAUCCGAUGGUUUAACGGCCUUCCGCAGGGAUCCAUCUAUGGGUUUUCGGACAUCAGCCGUGCCUUCUUAGCUCAAUUCACAACACGAAUAGCAAAGGCAAAGCACCCGAUCAACUUGAUCAGGAUAACCCAAAGGCCCGGAGAGCCGACCAGAAAAUACCUGGACCGAUUCAACGACGAAUGCUUAGAAAUUGACGGCCUAACCGACUCGGUGGCCAGCCUCUGUCUGACGAACGGCCUCCUCAACGAGGACUUCCGAAAACACCUCACCACAAAACCGGUUUGGACGAUGCACGAGAUCCAAACGGUAGCUAAGGAAUACAUAAAUGACAAGGAAGUCAGCCAGGUCGUGGCUGUCAAUAAAUGA